GGAGCCGCGGACUGGAUCAGCUGUGCGUUUGAACCUAAGGGAAUGUAUUCUGGUCACUAAAAGGGGCUCAAUGCCAUCGAUUCCCCGCGAGACAAUGGGCUCGUGCGCGGGGGAGCCAACGUGAGAGCACAUGGUGUUACCAAAAAAACCUUAUUUUUAAAAACACUUUGGAGCUCAGAGACAUCUUCUAAGGACAGCAUGACGGACACAGGAGUCCAUUCCCCUACUAAGGAGAAUGGGCAUGCAAUAAUCCCACCCUCGGACCCCCUGCUGUCUGCCACACACGAGCUCACACACACCUGGAUGCACGUCGCCAAAACCUUUGUGAUUAUUUUCCCCAUCUACGCACUGGGAUAUUUCGAGUUUAGCUUCAGCUGGCUGUUGAUCGGACUUGUGAUGUUCUUCAUGUGGAGGAAGAACUCUGGAGGGAAACACAGCCGCAUCAGAAGAGCUCUGGAUCUGUUCGAGCAGGAGGAGGAGAGGGGCUUCAAGCAGAGCACCAACACCUCAGAUCUGCCUCCGUGGGUCCACUUCCCAGACGUAGAGAGGGUGGAGUGGCUGAACAAGACGGUGAAGCAGAUGUGGCCGUACAUCUGCCAGUUUGUGGAGAAGCUGUUCCACGAGACCAUCGAGCCGGCGGUGAAGGAGUCCAACGCUCACCUGAGCACCUUCUGCUUCAGCAAGAUCCACCUGGGAGACAAGCCGCUCAGGGUCAACGGGGUCAAGGUUUACACGGAGAACGUGGACCAGAGACAGAUCAUCAUGGACCUGCAGAUCAGUUUUGUUGGAAACACAGAGAUUGACGUGGACAUCAAACGCUACUACUGCAAAGCGGGCAUCAAGAGCAUCCAGAUCCACGGCGUGCUGAGAGUGGUGAUGGAGCCGCUGCUGGGAGACAUGCCUCUCAUCGGAGCUCUGUCCGUGUUCUUUCUCAAGAAACCACUGGUGGACAUAAACUGGACCGGCCUCACCAAUAUUCUGGACAUUCCUGGGCUCAAGGGCUUCUCUGACAACCUCAUUCAAGACAUUAUCUACAGCUAUCUGGUUUUACCCAAUCGCAUCACAAUCCCACUGGUGGGGGACGUGGAGCUGGCAAAACUGCGCUUCCCCAUGCCAAAGGGGGUCCUGAGGAUCCACUUCCUGGAGGCUCAGGAUCUGGAGGGGAAGGACACGUUUUUGGGGGGUCUGAUAAAGGGAAAGUCCGACCCGUACGGAGUCCUGCAGAUCGGGAACCAGCUGUUCCAGAGCAAGGCUGUGAAGGAGAGCCUCAACCCGAAGUGGAACGAGGUUUACGAGGCUCUGGUGUACGAGCACUCGGGGCAACACCUUGAGAUCGAGCUCUUUGACGAGGAUCCUGACAAAGAUGACUUCCUGGGAAGCCUGAUGAUCGAUAUGACGGAGCUGCACAAAGAACAGAAGGUCGAUGAGUGGUUUGACCUGGAAGAAGCUCCCACUGGGAAACUCCACUUAAAACUAGAGUGGCUGUCUCUGCUCGCCACGCCUGAGAAGCUGGAUAAGGUGCUGAGAAGUGUGCGAGCAGACAGGAGCUUAGCCAAUGACGGGCUGUCGUCAGCACUACUGGUCGUUUAUCUGGACUCAGCGAAGAACUUACCUUCUGCAAAGAAGAGUAGCAGUGAGCCCAGUCCUUUUGUCCAAUUCACUGUGGGACACAAAACCCUGGAGAGCAAGAUCCGCUAUAAGACCAAGGAGCCUCUUUGGGAGGAUUGCUUCUCCUUUUUCGUCCACAACCCGAAGAGGCAGGAGCUGGAGCUGGAGAUGAAAGAUGACAAGCACAAGUGCACCCUGGGUAAUUUGACGGUGUCUCUGAGCAGCCUGCUGACGGAGGAAAACAUGACGCUGACUCAGAGUUUUCCUCUCAAAAACUCCGGACCCAGCUCCACCAUCAAACUGAGGAUGGCUCUGAGGAUCCUCUCUCUGGAGAAGCAGGUUUCCUCCGACCUGCCGUCCUCCGUCCAGGUCAGGAAGUCGAGCGUUCCUCAACCCAAAACCUCCAAACCAACGCCAUCUCCAAGACGCUCCGCCUCACAUUCCCAGUUAUCUCCUCCAACUCCUCCAACUCCUCCAACUCCUCCUCCUAUCCAGAGUAUCUCCUCCCUGACGCUGCAGCAUCGUGAUGGAGAGCCGUACUCCUCGAGUCCUCUGAGGAGCAACAACAACAAUCUCUACAUCUCUCAGAAGCAUCUCUCUCACAAAGACUCUACGGCCAGCCUCGCCUCCGACAUCUCGCUGCCCUUCGCCACCCUGGAGCUCCAGCAGAGGCUCCGACAGCUGCAGAAUGGCUCGGCUCCCGGUCAGUUCCCUCUGGGUGAGGUCCAGCUGACGGUCAGACACAGCUCCCAGAGGAACAAACUCAUCGUGGUGCUGCACGCCUGCCGUAAUUUGAUCGCCUUCACUAAAGAUGGAUCUGAUCCCUUCAUCCGCCUCUAUCUGCUGCCGGACAAGAGUCGAACAGGCAGGAGGAAGACGAGCACGAUGAAGAGGACCCUCAAUCCUGUUUACGAUCAAACGUUUGAGUUCAGUGUUUCUAUGGUGGAGCUCCACAGGAGGACUCUUGAUGUAGCCGUGAAGAAUGGAGGAAGCAUCCUGUCCAAACACAAAGGCUUUCUGGGAAAGGUACUUGUAGAUUUAAGUGGGGAGGAUAUCUCUAAAGGAUGGACGCAAUGGUAUGAUCUGAGUGAUGACGGCGUGUCGUCUCAAAGCUUAAGAAGUAUUCACGACCCCCUCCUCUCAUAAUGGACUCUCCCGUUCCUGCUGUAAUAUAGACAUCUUGUUAUUAUAUAAGGGCACAUGUUUUAUUUAUGUACAUUUUUCAACUCAUCCCAGGACUCAUGUCAGCAUGCAACAACAUCUCCCAUCUCAUCCUCAUCCUGGUACAGAUUGCGAUGCGUUUGAAACUCACUAACUGCCUUGUCUCCGGUGUUUUAUGUAAAUAAGAAGUUGAUAAUAUAAUGAUUUGCAGGGGCUUUGUGGCAUUAUAUUGAAAUAUGUCAACCUGGUUAUUACCGUCUGUCCCAUUUGUUCAAUUCUGUUUGAGAACUCGUACCAAAGGAACGGAAACAAACACAAACGUAGCGAUAUUUAUUUUGUCAUGCAGUGUUAUUUGAUUGUUUACCUCUAAUUGUACGGUGGUCGUCCUCCGUAUUGUUGUUAUUUAUGCUUGAUUAUACACAAGGAAUGCACAUAUGCAAAGAGUAAAAUGAUUGCACUGUAUAUUUUACGAGGAUGUAAGUGAAGGAGGGCGUUUUAGGGCUAUGAACAAGUGCUAAAGUGUGAAAUGAAGGAUACUUGAAUAAGUGUUUUGAUUGGCGUUCAAACCAAUCGUGAAUAAUGUGAGCAGCCGUUUGAAGAGGACUGAGUUAAGUUGUGAGGUUUGUACCGUUGGACGUUUUAAAUACCUGUUAUCGAUCCUGUGCCUUAAAUAAACCCGCGGUGUAAUUUU